AUGGCCGACAAGAUUGCGCCCAUCCUUAUGGACCUGCCGUUGGAGGUGCGACACGCCAUCUUCAAGUAUGUAGCUGCGCGCGACGUUGAGCCCCGCAAGCUGCUUCGCUACUGGCUUGAGAAGAAGGAGGUAAAGGCGCUCAUCGCCCAGGAAAUGACCAACAACCCAAAUGCACCUACACCGCAAGCCGUGUAUAGCGACCACGAAGAGUACGAGGUUUAUUUCCACGCGUUGGACAGCGAGUUUGAAGAUGAAGAUGAUGAGGACGACGAAGACGAAGACGACGACAUGGAAGAUUUUAUGAUGCAGCUUAAUGAGGACGAGGAUGAAGACAGUGACGAGGCAGAGCAGGAAUUCCAUGAUGAAGAUGACGAGGAAGCCGAAGCCGACCUCUUAGUAUAUGGAGAUUACCCCGAAGCCGAAGAAGAGGAAGAGAACGCGACCAUCGAUGGCACACACCAAAUUCUGCCCUCGACAAUCACUUUCCAUUUUCUCUCCUCAGACCCGGCCCAGGUGGAAACUAUUGAACAGACAACCGCAAAUGUACAGGCUGCAGAUGAGCUUGAGAAAGAGGCCGAGGAGGUAACAGGCCAAGAUAACAGCGCAAACGUUGAAGAUAUGCAGGUUGAUGUCGACCAAGACGAGGACGAAGACAUGAAUGAAGAGGAUGGUGGUACAGAUGCUGCGACCACCCCAGCCCAACCUCCUCCUCAAGGAACUGUCAUCAGACCACAUCGCAAGUGGCGCCACGUCCCCAAGUUUAUGCGGCUGACUCAAUGUCCACCACCCGUCGAGCUUCUCUUGACGUGCCAGGAAUUGAACAACGAGGCCAAGAAUUGGUUUUAUGAUGUGGCGACUCUGCGCAUCGAUGCCACUGGUAGCUUCGCCCAUACUUCAUUCUUCGAGGAAACCUUCAGCCAGAUCACCGACGCAGCUUUCUCACCCAUGAAGAACAUCCGCAAGGUCGAAGUGACAUUUGUCUGGGACUCCACCUGGAUCCGUGCUGAUACGGCGGGCUGUGUCGGCGCCAUAUUUCCUGCUCUUCUUGGCCAGCGCUCAAGCUUUGUGCAUCGCAUUCUCCUCAUGGCCCCAGAUCUGAAAGAGGUUGUCAUCCACUGGCACGACUCCGCUCAUGACGACGAGAGUGUCAGCCUCAUGCUGGACACUCUAGCACCUUUCCACACGCUGCCUGCUACUAUCCUGAUUCAUGAGCACUACAUUCCCGCUGAUGCAAGGCCAAACAAGCGUAGCACCGCAGGCAAGCGUCGUGUCGAGUUUCAGAACAUCCUCGAUAUGGGUCUGGAUCGACUGUUUUAG